AUGUGCGGGAACAGUAUGUACACCGGUGAGCUUCCACCAAGUCAACAGGAGAAUGGUAACCAUCCAAUACUAACCCAAAAGAUGAAUGACAAUAACUACCUUGCCCCGUUACCCAACACCUACAGGCUCCCACAGCCUCAAACCAACAUCCGGUCAGUAGAGCCUUGCAGGUUGCCUGCUGAUGCUCCUCCGAGGGCCCCGCAGAAUGCACCGGUACCAAACGGGCAGAUGCGGCGAUUAAAGCAGCAUGAGCUGCAGCUGCGGCAUAUUUGGCAGCGUCAGGAGAAGGAACGGCAGCAGCGCCUGUGUCUGGAGGAGGAACGGCAGCGGCAGGAGCAGCAGAGGGCGCUAGAGAGGCAACGGCGUGAGCUGCUUCAGUUACAGCUGCAACAGCAGCAGCAGGAACACAGGAUCCGCAGGCAGCUUUUGCAGCGACAACUGGAAAUGGAGCAGCAACAAAGACACAAACAGCAGCAGCAACAGUUGAAAGGACAACUGUCACCCUCUUCUGGACUCUGCACCAUCUAUGAGGCCAUGGAGACCAGCGAGGAGGAAAACGAGGAGACUGGGAAUGGAUCUGCAAAAAAUAAAGAAUCCCCCAACCUUAACGGCAAUCCUGUCCCGACCAACUUGCCUCUGAGAGUCGCCAAUGGAAACCUUCGUCGACCUCCUCCACAGGAGCUGGACUGGAACACAAAACUUGACAUGGUCCAGCAGCUGAUUAACCAGGCCCUGCUUCUUGAUGGUGAGGACGGCUGUCCACCGCUCUUGUACCUGCCUGGGCAGGGCGGAGGCAUUCUAAGCCCUCUAGAGAGCAGCCUGUGGCCCCACAUCAUGUCCCAGUUUGACUCAUCAACAGCGACAGUCGCCUCCGUCAGUAGCUACUCCCCCAUCAGCCAAUGCAGCUCCCCGCAAGGCGACUGGACUGUGGUGGAACUGGAGACACAUCACUGA